AUGACUCGUAACAACCUUGCUGAGCAUUUGUCCUGGCUGUUGAACGACCAAGCCCGAUCCAAGCCUGUAACGCCGUCUUUCCCACUGUGUAACGACUCGUCUCAGGCCGGUCUUUCCCAAUCUCAGCGCUCAGACUCACAGACACGACAAAACUUACAGCCCGUCACAUCUGUUAGUUCUGGGGACGAUCUCCAGUCGAGAAGGGACGCGUCCAAUGGACAGGGUGGACUGGAUCGAAGGCAGACGGACCCGGUGGUACUGGACGACGAAGACGACGAAGACACAAUGGGACGCCUGGUCCUGAGUUCAAAAGCCAAGAAGCCCAGUCUUGUCUCGAGGCCACAGCAACUUCUGACCCCAACUUCCAUUACUCCGAAUAUUACGAGCCGACAAGACACUCCCAUCAAACAGUCUAAUGAGUCGCCACCCAAGAAAACACCUGCCCCAGCUCCAGCUCCGGCCCCAACCCGCCUACGGACUAGUAGCCCAGAGUUCCCAAAACUCAAGACCGGCGGUGUCGAUUAUAUGGACCUGACGGACGAUACUUUUGCUUCUUCCGACUCGUUGUCUUUUGGUGACGAAGUGAAGCUGUGGCGCGAAGACUAUGCAACCCGACCAGAACCAGAGCCAGCCGUUUCGAGUGGCAGGAAAAGGAAGAGCAAUGAAAUCACCAAGGAGGAAUUUAGUGAUCUAGGCGAUAUCCCCGAUGUCUACGAACUCCUCGGUACCGAACCUCCACCUCCCAGUCCGACUCGAUCCGCCCGACGAAAGAACGGAUCACUAAGUACUCGAAGUCGACGAACACGAGAUGGGUUCGCCAACCCUCCACCAACGGUCAUUCCACCGAUCAGCGAGGAGAAUAGCGAUGUUCUACUGUCACCUUCAAGACGAGUCCGCAGCCAACUGAUUCUUGAGCCAUCGCCCCAAAAAAGUCUGCCAAUUAUCAGUGCCAGCCAGAGCCCUAGGAGAGCAACAACUCCCUUGAAAGCACCUGCAAGUUCCGGAGAUACCAAGCCAGCUCGAAGGGCCACGUCUCCUCCGCAAAAGACGGAACCCGUUGAAGAUGAGCUGGUUAUCCCUGACUCCGACGAAGAGUUUCUCACACCACCAUCCUAUAAUAAGACUCUUUCCGCCCUGAAGAUUUCAGCCAGCACCACGGAGCGCAUCGAGCCUCAAACGCAGGCGGCGCCCACAUCCAGUGUUAGGGCAAAUCUUCAAUCAAACUCGCAGCGCCAAAUCUCUUCUGGCUCAACUGUCCUUGGCGACCCAGCAGACACAACCAGCAGUUCACAGUCUACUAGGUUAGUGACUGACGACUCUGUUCUCGAUCCACUCAGCGAAGCCCCAUCCCACUCAACACAGGGGCCGACUCUUCUCAAGCAGUUAGCCUCCGACCCAUCUGCCCUGGAGAAAUGGGGACGGUUCAUCGAUAAGCUUAUUCAAGAAAAUGGCAAGAAGUUCAGUCAAGCCAUAAAUGAACGUUGGUCUAAGCCGCAGCGUGCAGAGGUCAAGGCCGAGAAGGAACGCUUGAAACGACAACAGGCAGCUAUUGCCGAACUUACCGGUCCGGUUGAGGAAUACCGCAUACUGGGCGAUAAAAGAAACCAGCUGGCCAAGCAAAUUGAAAAAGCAUACGAAGAAGGUCUUGAUACUGAUGAGGAUGAAGUUCGACUUGACGAUCUCACUGAUGAGGUUCAAGAGACCGAGGAUGGUCUGCUGAAGAUCAUCCAGGAUGCCAGGCUAGGUAUCGAUAGGUUUCUUGAAACGAUUCAAAAGCCACCCCCUGUCACCGCCCCUGCGCCAGGUGUUGUACUGGGCACUCAACCCGUCUUCCAGAGCAGUGUCAACAUGUCUAUGCCUCCACGAGAAACAAUCUCGGCCAGUCAAAUGGGCACACAAGUGGUGCAUCAGACUCAACUACCCAGGACAUCUACUUGGAACCCUCCAGCUUCGAGGAUCGAAGCGUCACAGGGCAUGAGCGUCCUCUCACAAGAGGAUGAUGAUAUUUCUGCUCCUUACCCAAGGGAUCUUGCAAGAGCCUCUGGAACAUCCUACCAACCAAGAGCAACAAAUUCAAUGGCAAUGGAUCACAUUCCCAUAGAGGCGGAAUUUGAUGUCGGCGACGGAGGCCUAUCUGACCUGGAUGAUAUACAGCCCCCACCACGGUUCAAACCUUACAACAAUACGGCUCAUGCUAGCAGCAGUCGCAGAACGCCUCAAGCGACGCGUCAUCGAACGGGCGAAGAAUUUAGUGACUUUAGCGACGAUGAGGAGAUGCUUGCUUUUGCGCAGGACUACGAGACCCGCCAGUCGCUGGCCCCCAAUUCACAAGACUUUAGACAAAUCUUUUCGGAGACAUCGGGCAAUGCACUUCUCGCUGCAAAGCCAAGAUCGUUGUCCAAAAAGCCAUUAUCUUCAGGGACAUCGGAUAUAAUCCCUCCCCAGUUGAUGAAGCACCCAUGGUCUCCUGAAGUCCAAAGAAUGCUCAAGGACAGGUUCAGAAUGAAAGGCUUUCGCUGCAAUCAGCUCGAGGCUAUUAAUGCCACGCUGGCAGGUAAAGAUGCUUUUGUUCUGAUGCCUACCGGUGGCGGAAAAUCGCUGUGCUACCAACUGCCUGCUGUUGUUAAAACUGGCAAGACCCGUGGUGUCACUAUUGUUGUAUCACCCUUGCUCAGCUUGAUGCAGGAUCAGGUUGAUCAUAUGAAGGCUCUGGGGAUUCAGGCUGUUGCAUUCAACGGAGAAUGCUCAGCUGAAUACAAGAGACAAGUGAUGAGUGCUUUUAACGAACGAAGUCCCGAGCAUUUCCUCGAACUUCUAUACGUUACCCCGGAAAUGGUGAGCAAGAACGCCAAUUUCAACAACGGCCUGCAGACGCUCCAUCGCAAAGGCAAAUUUGCUCGUCUGGUGAUUGACGAAGCACACUGCGUCAGUCAAUGGGGCCACGAUUUUCGACCAGACUACAAGAUACUUGGCCAAGUACGUCAAAAGUACCCUGGCGUGCCUGUAAUGGCUUUGACAGCCACUGCGACAAAGAAUGUGAUUGUUGACAUCAGACACAAUCUUGGAAUGGAUGACUGCCAAACCUUUUCGCAAAGCUUCAAUCGUCCGAAUCUGUACUACGAGGUCCGUCCGAAAUCAACCGGCGAAAAGACUCUUGAAAGCAUUGCAUCACUUAUCCAUUCCAACUACGCCAACAAAAGUGGAAUCGUCUAUACAAUCUCACGGAAGAGUUCUGAAAAAGUUGCCGAGAGUCUCUCGAAUAGCGGAAUUACGGCCAGGCAUUAUCACGCAGGUUGCGACCCUCAAGAAAAGGUUGACGUGCAAAACGCCUGGCAAAGAGGCCAAGUCAAGGUUGUUGUUGCAACAAUUGCCUUUGGAAUGGGUAUUGACAAGCCUGAUGUAAGAUUUGUCAUCCAUCAUGGACUUCCAAAGAGUUUGGAAGGUUACUACCAGGAGACGGGUCGUGCGGGUAGAGAUGGAAACCCUUCUGACUGCAUUCUUUUCUAUGGAAAGGCGGACAUAAGAGUCCUGAAGAAACUCAUUGCUGAUGGAGAUGGCAGUCAUGAGCAGAAGGAGCGCCAGAUGUCUAUGCUGAACAGAGUCACCGCAUUUUGUGACAAUAAGUCUGACUGCCGGCGAACUGAGAUUCUUCGUUAUUUUGGUGAAGAUUUCUCGCCUGCCGAAUGCAACAAGAGUUGCGAUAACUGCAAGGCUGGUUUGACUUUCGAGCAACAAGACUUUUCUGAGUAUGCCAUCGCUGCUAUCAAGGUUAUACAGGCCCAGAACCGUAUCACAGCGGUUCAGUGCUCUGACAUCCUUUUGGGGAAAAAGUAUCCUCAAAGUGAAGCAGAACUAUCGGGGGAGUGGCAUGGCAUGGCGAAGGGUUUGAAGAAGCACGAGCUUAUUCGUGUGAUCGACAAACUAUCAGCUGAGAAGGCUUUCAAUGAGGACAAUCAAGUUGGUCGGCAUGGCAUGGCCAUCCAAUACCUACGUCUCGGACCAACACACCGGUUAUUUCUUUCGGGGCAACGCAAACUGAUGCUUUCCAUCCAAGUACCAGAGCCAGGCGCGCCGAAGAAGGCAACCAAAUCUCGAGCGAAGAAGGGAAGCAAGGCGACAGCUGAGGAGGAAGUCUCGAACAUGCCCUCGACAUACGUCUCAUCGCCUGUCGGCCGUCAGAAGAAAUCACGGGCGACGGCAAGUGACCGUGGAAACAAUGCCUCCACCUCUUACUCUUGGGAAGACGCAGGUUUUGUGGUAGAUGAUGAAUUUGACGAUGAAGCGUUCGAUGAGCUCCCCCAGCAUCGGCCAGCAAGACCAUCCUCGCGCACACCAGGGCCUCCAAUACCGGCCGACACCGGUAUGGAAGACCUUGAUGAGAUACACCGAGACAUGGUUGAAGGUUUUGUCUACGAAGCAAAGCAGGCGGAGGAAAAGAUUCGCAACCAGAAGAGCCUCAGGAAACCAUUAUUCACGGAGAAGGACUUUCGGAUUAUGGCUAUUCAAUGGACCACCUCACUUGACAAGAUGCGUAGGAUCCCUGGCAUCGACCCUGACAAAGUCAAAGAGUACGGUCCCAGGAUCAUUCGCAUCUUGCAGAAACACUACAACCACUACCAAGACGCGAUGGACCCUAGGAGUGGCGGCGGAGGCCAGGAUGUUGUAGAUCUGAUUAGCUCAGAGGUUGAGAUGGAUGACGAAGAAGCCUACGAGGACGAAGACGGCGAAGACUCUCAUUACUUCAACGGAGGCUCGCGAUCAGACGUUCAGGCAUUUCACAACAGACUGCAGACCCUUGGUAGUACACAAACCCAAAGCAAGCCAAGGGCGUCCAGCAGGAGCAGUGGGGGCACCAAAAGAUACUCUGGUGGCAAGAAGUAUGCCAGCAAAAAAUCUACAGGUGGUGUGACGAAGCGCAGGAGCACUGGUGGCAGCUCUAGUCGUAAAGCUAGCAGCUCAUCGACAACAGCCCGAGCUUCCAGCAGCGCUUCAAGGACGCUGAAGAAGAGCGGUAUUGGGCUGAUGCCCAUGUAG